UCCGAUGAGUCCGCGGUGGUUUAAAUAUAAACGCCGACACUCGUCCGUACCACCGUUGUCGUCGUCGUCGUCGUCGUCGUCUUCUCGUCCUCGUCUCUGCCGCCCGCCACCGCGAUUCCUUUCCGGCACACCUCGGGUACCGGAUGCGGGUCACGCAUCGGAAAAUAUCUCGACCCCGGAGCCAGCCGACAUAUCAGAGGACGAUCACUAUCCAAACAUUUCGGCAGGUUCGCUUAUGAAAGACCCGGAUAAGCUGAAGCUGAUGCUGCUCGCCUGGAAUUAUAAUCUUCAGGCGCAGGCACAGGUCCAGGCGGCAAACGCCCUCUCGCCAAAUAACUCUUCGACUACCACGGCCACCACCGUUGGCACACCUGUCACCAGCCAAUCAGCCAUUUCCACGGCAAACAACACCAUUAACAACUCUACACUCACAGAUUCCCGAAACGGGUCAUCCGAACUAGUAGAUAUGCCAGCGGGAACCGUCCCGAGUUUGGGCGCCGUGGCAGGCGUCGGCGGCGAGGACAUGGCUAACUUCUGGGCAUCUUACACCAUGAAUUUCAAGAAAACGCCGCCGCCAACGUCGUCGGUGACGCCCUUGCGGUCCGAUCGCGAUCGAGAAUCAAGUCCGCCCGGUGGCGAGGGUGCAGGAAGCGCCCACGAUGAAACCAGCAGUAGCGGUAACAAGGAAGACGAGGACGAUGAUGAUAUGGAUGUGGAUGAUGGAUUAGACCCUAGACAUCAUGAUCCGGAACGUCUCAAGGCGUUCAAUAUGUUCGUGAGGCUGUUCGUCGACGAAAACCUCGACCGCAUCGUGCCGAUCUCGAAGCAGCCCAAGGAGAAGAUACAGGCUAUCAUCGACAGUUGCACGAGACAAUUCCCCGAGUUCGCCGAAAGGGCUAGGAAGAGGAUCCGAACGUACUUGAAGAGCUGUCGAAGAAAUAAACGCGGCAGAGAGGGACCUUGGGAUACCGCCAGACCCACGCCAGCACACUUGACCUCCGUGCAGGCCGAGCAGAUUUUGGCAACCGCCUGUGAAAACGAGAGCGACAACGCGAAACGUAUGAGAAUCGGUCUAGAGCCCGUGUCGCAGCCUAUGCCAACUCUUCCGGCCGCUACGCAAACGGACGUUCGAUCAAGUUUGGACCAUUUCUCGAGCACGCCGAUUAAAUCACUUCCGGGUAAAAGGGAGGAUACCCCUCCGACAUCGCUAACGUCCCUGGCACCUUUAACCAGUUUGGCGAACUUACCGAACAGCACCCUUUCCUCUACGCCGCUGUCGCUCGCAUCAGCGUCAAAGUUGCUCACGCCAACGGACAACAAGAGUCUCAUGAGCCAGGCGACGAUAGUCAGUUCGUCGACGGUGAAUGGUGUCGCCAGUGGCGGUGCACCGACAGCGAUGUACAGACCUAACUUCAGCCAGGCGUUCCAACGUGCCGGGCCUACAACGGUACCGCCGACCGGUACCCUCUCAUCUGGACUGUACCCGACCCAAAGUUUCUCGGGCCUACUGAGCAACGGUACACAAAGACCGACGGAUCUUAGCAUGAAGAACACGAAGCCACUGUUAAGUCACAAGUUGAACGCGACGGAAAUGACCGCGGUGAGGCAACUAAUAACUGGAUAUCGGGAAUCCGCCGCCUUUUUGCUCAGAUCUGCCGAUGAAUUGGAACAACUAUUGCUCCAGCAACCAUAGAGCUAUCUUUAUAUGACCAGCGCUCAACCGCUUGGCUCAUAAUCACAAUAAUCGAGAAAGCGAUGCGAGUAUACCAUACUAUGAGCACUACGAGCUCCAUUUGAUCAUCGAGAGUAACGUUGAAGUCAGCGUAGAUUCAUUGAUAGUACUUCAAGGUCGUUUGUACUCUGUCGGCAAUGUGACUUUCAAUAUAAAUUUACCCUCUGCUGCAAAGGUCUCUGGACCACUUGCGCUAAAGGAUCGAUUCAAUCUGACAAGACGAGAGUGCAAAAUCUUAUUUACAUGAGGAACUAAUUCGAGAAUAAUGUAUCAGAAAUUAAUCGGAGUUACUUCAUAAUAAACAGAAAAGAUUUCUUUGACAAAAAGAUAGAAAUCGAGUUUGAGAAAUGACGACGCAAGGCUCAUAUUCCUCUCUAAAUACAUCCUGUUCGAAUAGUUUCCUUAACUCUAGAAUUAGAAAUGUGUCGUGGCAACGCGCGUAAUAAAAUAUUAAUUUUUUAUUCAUUUUCUAUUUUUCUUAAAAAUAAAGUUCUCUCUAAAAAGAAGCGACGCUUAUG